UUCCUCUGCUCUUAAAAACUGAAGACUUGUUUGGUGCUUUGGAAAUAAAUGCAGACUCAGACUACCAAGUCUAGGAUCUGUAUCUUGAGUGUGUAAAAAUGCCAAACUUGUCACCUUGAAAACGCCAGAGCCUCUGGGGUCUAAAUAGAGAGUGCAGUGUUUUGGACUUACCCCUGGUUGAUUCCAGGAAGCUUUUUCUUACCCAUUUCUUGAACUUCAUUCAGGGUUCCCAACUCACCUCAUCCCUUGGCAUAAGAGAACCAAAGGGCCUAACUGGGUUCUGCAUUGGUGCUGGAGAAGGACAAACUGCUCUCUCUAAGCUUCCAUAGAGUUCACUCAAUUGGCCUUCAAUUGGUCACGCCACAACCUCCCACUCACAGUCUCCGAUGGAAGAAGUCUACAUUUAGUAAUGUAAAUACUGGCUGGUUUAUCUCAUACCCAUGUCAAGGUGAGCUUGUCGUAUAAAGAGACACCAAUUCCCUUUAUCACCAGUCUCUCUGUCAAGUCCUGCAAGAAUGAAGUUCCUGACCCUGCUUUUCCUGUUGUCGGUGGGCGCAGCCAGCGCUGAUGUCUCUCCCCGGGCCAUGUGGCUGUUCCGCAAGUUGAUCAAGUGCACCCUGCCAGACAGCCACCCGCUGCUGGACUUCAACGGCUACGGCUGCUACUGCGGCUUGGGAGGCAGCGGGACUCCAGUUGAUGAGCUCGACAGGUGCUGCCAGGUACAUGAUAACUGCUACGGACAGGCAAAGGAAUUGGACUCAUGCAGAUUCCUCCUGGACAACCCCUACACCAAGUCCUACAAGUACAGCUGCUCCAACAGGGAGAUUACAUGUAGCAGCGCGAACGACGAGUGCUCCGCGUUCAUCUGCAACUGCGACCGCACCGCUGCCAUGUGCUUCGCCAGCGCGCCCUACAACUCCGAAUACAAGGAUCUGAAUAAAAACAAAUACUGCAAAUAGUCUCCCUCCUGCCCCUCAGGGCGGCCGCAGGACUUAAAAACCACCUCAAUAAACGCCU